CUGUAGGGAGGACUCUGGGCUGGUCAGGCCUGCUGGCCAAACGGGAGUGGAGGCUGCUAGCAAGCCCUGUGCUGGCAGCUGGGUAAACUUGCUGUGAAAUGAAGCUUCUUGUCUAUGCUCUCCGCCUCCGUGCGCUCGCCAGGCAGGCAGCGACCUGGGAGCAUCUGGGGCCUCGGAGCUCCCAGCGCCCUGGGGAGAGAUGCUGGGCUUCCACGAAGGCUUUUAUAACCAGGUCUGAUCUGCUGUUUCGAGCCUGUGUCACUCCAAGGAUCAUGCGGCCAGAUGAUGCCAAUGUGGCAGGCAAUGUCCAUGGUGGAACCAUCCUGAAGAUGAUCGAGGAGGCAGGAGCCAUCAUCAGCACCCGGCACUGUAACAGCCAGAAUGGGGAGCGCUGUGUAGCCGCCCUGGCCCGAGUGGAGCGCACCGACUUCCUGUCACCCAUGUGCAUCGGCGAGGUGGCACAUGUCAGCGCGGAGAUUACCUAUACCUCCAAGCAUUCUGUGGAAGUCCAGGUCAACGUGAUGUCUGAAAACAUCCUCACAGGUACUAAGAAGCUGACCAACAAGGCCACCCUAUGGUACGUGCCCCUGUCACUGAAGAAUGUGGAUAAGGUCCUGGAGGUGCCUCCGGUUGUGUACUCCCGACAGGAGCAGGAGGAGGAGGGCCGAAAGCGGUACGAGGCCCAGAAGCUGGAGCGCAUGGAGACCAAGUGGAGGAAUGGGGACAUCGUCCAGCCCGUCCUGAACCCAGAGCCCAACACGGUCAGCUACAGCCAGUCCAGCUUGAUCCACCUGGUGGGGCCUUCUGACUGCACCCUGCAUGGCUUUGUGCAUGGAGGUGUCACCAUGAAGCUCAUGGAUGAGGUAGCUGGGAUUGUGGCCGCACGUCAUUGCAAGACCAACAUUGUCACUGCUUCUGUGGAUGCCAUUAACUUUCACGACAAGAUCAGAAAAGGCUGUGUCAUUACCAUCUCUGGGCGCAUGACUUUCACAAGCAAUAAAUCCAUGGAGAUCGAGGUCUUGGUGGAUGCCGACCCCGUGGUGGACAACUCACAGAAGCGCUACCGGGCUGCCAGUGCUUUCUUCACCUAUGUGUCCCUGAGCCAGGAGGGCAAGUCACUGCCUGUGCCCCAACUCGUGCCCGAGACCGAGGACGAGAAGAAGCGCUUUGAGGAAGGCAAAGGGCGGUACCUGCAGAUGAAGGCAAAACGGCAGGGCCGGGCCGAGCCCCAGCCCUAGGGGCCAUCCUCACGCCGGGGCCCCGGAGUGGCCCCAAUGUCUCGUCAUUUAGAAUUCACCCCCUUGGCCAAAAACCCAAUCCACAUUGAGAGCUGGUGUUGUGUGAAGUGUUCGUCUUGCAGUGUUAACCUGUGCUCUCCUGAAAACCUACACACCAAAGCUUUAUUUCUAUCACUCCUGUGUAAGUGCUACAGUGUUGUCCCUGCCUCCAGAGGCUUCCUAGGGAAUACUUGCGUGCACACUGUUUGGUGUGUCAAGAAUCCAGCAUCACUAAUAAAGCUGCUGUUUGGCUGGA